CAGCCUUAAUCCACCUGCCCCACCUGUCAAAGGUGAAAGGUUAGGUUAGUUUAUUUUGACGAGAUGGCACGCUCUGUCGCAUUGUCCACUGUCUUCGUCUUUGCGUCGCUAACGUGUGCGAUCCUGCGGGUGGAAUGCCAACCCAAGGUUAACCCGCUGGUUGUGCAGCAGGAGCUGCUGUGGGAGUCCAAGCAGUACACCUACCGUAUCCCUGUCAUCGCGCAGACGCCAGGGAGCGCUCUUAUCGCUAUUGCCGAGGGACGGAAGUACAACUCAGGAGAUACUGGGUCAAAAGUUGUCGAAAUCAGGCGAUCAACAGACCUUGGCUCCGUGUGGUCUCCUGCUGUCACACUCCUGACUGACGGACAAUUCAAACUAGGCGUGAAUCUGGGCUCGGUCAUCGUCGAUAACGUCACGGGGGUCAUCUUCCUGUGGUUCGAGCACUGUUUGGAGUCACAGCAUUAUUGUGAAAGGUCAGCGCCCUACCUAAUGAACAGCACGGAUGACGGGUUGACGUGGAACAAGCCGCGGAACAUGACCGGUGUGGUCGGCGGCGCCACUAAGUUUGUCACGGGGCCAGGACUAGGUAUACAGAAGAAGCUACCUCCCUACAAAGGCCGUCUGAUCACGUGCGGGCACGGAGACCACCUGUCCGACGGCGUGUUCUGUGUGGUGAGUGACGACAGCGGCACCACGUGGCGCAUGGCGGGGAGUGUGAAGAGCAUACCGUUCGGCAGGAAAAAAGUAGACGGAGACUUUAACCCAAAUGAAAGCCAGCUAGUAGAACUCCCAGACGGGUCCCUGAUGGUGAACAUGCGCAAUCAGCUGCACUACCACUGCCGCUGCCGCGUGGUCAUGCGCAGUAGGGAUGGAGGGGAGACCUUCCCGCUGGACGACCUCUACAUGGACGACACCCUGGUGGACUCAGGCGUCCACGCCAGCAUGCUGUAUCACAGAGGCGUGCUGUUCUUCGCAAAUCCAGCAAGCUCAACCAAACGUGAAGAUUUCAAACUCCGCUGGAGCCUUAAUAACGGGACGACGUGGCCUGGGCUGAAGACGCUGUGGACCGAGUCUGCUGGGUACUCCUGCAUGACCGUACACGACUCGGUAGACGGCGCUUUUCUAUUAAUCUUGUACGAGAAAGGAAGGUCAAGUGAAUAUCAGUGGAUUGAGAUGAUGAAACUCAGUAUCUAUGGUGACCUUUGACAUUGAUGGGAAGUAGCGUGCAAUAUAGAUUUAUUUAGCGGAAAAUGUAUAGAAUUCGAAAACUAUGUUAUAUUCCACAUGGUACAUGUAAUACAUCAAGUAAAGACGUAAAAAAAGUAAACGAUUAAGUAUGAUUAAGUACUGUAGAGCAAAGAACAAGUGAUGAAUUAUUACUACGAUUUGGUUCAUGAAUCGAAAAAAAAUCUGUUAUCCAUUACCAGUGAUGGAUUUAUGUUGAGAAGAUUGGGUCAAAGAUUAACUUGAUUUCGGAUAAGAUAUAAAGCUAGCCAUUUAUACGGUCUACACACAUAGAUCGUGCAACGAAUAUUAUGGGUACAUGGUGUACAUCUGUGUGUGCCUUUAUCGGGUGAGUUAAGUCACUCCCACCGAUACCUGUAGCUAGAGUUACAGGCCUAGUUGUUGUUCCACCCAUAGUUUGUUUUCCCGUACAAGAAGUUCAGUCUCCCGAUAGAAACAGAAGAAGGCAGUCCGGAAGUGGACGUCUGACAGGGGAGCUACUGGUUCCUAAUAGCUCCUUGCCCUCCUCGUGAACCGACGGGUAGUUUCUAUUAGACGUCAUAAGUUUUAAACUAUUAUAUAUGGCUGGCUUACUCCCCUAGCAUAUAUAGUAUUUAGUCUAUUUGGCCAAUUUAUACUUUUUGCACUUAUAUAUGGAGUCUGGUAUAGGCUAGAAAGCAGAGGUACCAUAUGUAUUAGAGCUGAUCCCCCUAGUUAAAAUGUCAUAUAAGGCUGAUACCUAAAAAUUUGUAUCUAAAGAGUGAUUGCCGAGAUAUUCUACCACGUAAAUAUGAAGAUUCAUCAAUACUUAUGUGAGCAUAGACUUACGAGGAAAUAAAUACAAUGCAAUACA